GAGUCGCUAACAUGAUGUAGGAUGGAAUAUAUUGAAGAGAACAUGAAGCUCAAGCAAGGAGCCAAAGAGCAGCUGAGGAAGGACGACGGGCCCGCCGACCCCUUGGCUGAGAUUUUUCGAAGAAAGGCCAUGAAAGAAAAAGAGCAGGAGGAGGGCAACGUCACCAACAGUCUGGCCAUGCUAACGGCCAUACCAGAGGUAGAUCUUGGUAUGGAGUAAGUGUCUUUGGUCACGGUGGUCGGGGAUGAGCUUGACGAAACUUCACUAGUGCUCGCCUGAAGAAUAUCGAGGAGACAGAGAAAGCAAAGCGCAUAGUGGCUGAAGGGCGGCAAGAGCGCAAGAAAAUCGCGGACGAUGAAGAGCAACUUGCCGCCACUAGAUGUAAGACACUGAUCUCCAGGU